UCGAGCCGGAGUCCCGAGUACGAGUCGAGAUUAUGCAGGUCGCAGGACAUACAAAAGUAAAGUCAAGAUUUAUGUCAUUUAUCAGAUUUUAAGGCGUAUCUAAUUGAUUUAAUUCUGUGUUUUUCCCUGACGUAUAACAUCGAUGUCAAGUUUGACUUGAUCAAAGAUGAAGAUUUCCUCAGACAAAAUGCACAUUUAAGCUGGAUCACAUUCAAAGUCAAAAGAUGGACAUCGAAAUGAACCAAAACGAGGAAGGAGAAGAAUUUGCACUGAACAAGUUGCAGAGAUGUACUUUUCGUCUGAAUUCUACAGAAUCAAAAGCAUCAGACAAGGCUGAAGCACUCAGGGGCAUACUCAAUCAACUCAACUUUGCUUCUGUUACCAAAUGUAUAUCUGAUGACGUUGCAGCCAGAUUAAAAACACAUUACACCAGCAUGUACUCAGCCAUCAUUGAUUGUAGCAAUCCAGAGACCGGACUCAAUAAUUUUGCUGAGGGAGCUCUGGCCUUGUCAUCAAACUAUCCAAAUGAAAGCAGUGAAUGGAGAUCGUCAUUAACCCAAGAUAGCAUUAGGAAUAUGGAUUGUGUUAAAAAUCUUCUUACUGCAUCAAAGAAAUAUAACGAGAUGGCAAGGACCGAUUUGAGGGCAGAUGCUGAGAGUCUUGUAAAGGCAACACACCAACCUGCUCCACCAACUACCUCAAAAUGGCAACAGAAAGCACCGUCUUCCAGCCAUCUUGCAUCAUCUACCAGCAACAUAAGGGGCAUUCAGACGUCAGGGACUGCAUCACUUCCUCCGAGUCACACUCAAACAUCCUGUGGACUUUCAUCCAAUCCCGUUGUCAACUCAGCGCCCCCAUCAAGGAAUCCUACACCCCUUUUUGCUCCAUCAAGAGACACCCUUCAGGGUAACCCUCGUCCUCCGAUGCAGCAGAUGUCCAGCUUCCCGCGUCCAUCUGCGUUGGUUGGAAACCGCCCCCCUCCUCAUCACAGCCUUGCCCCUUCGGUACCCCCUCCUCAGGCUCAGAGGGGUUACACCCCUAUGGGGUCAAACAGGGCGGGGUCAAUGGGGUAUGACCCAACCUCGCACAUGGUAAACCUUGGUGUUCUUGGUAUGGGGGAUGGUCCAUCAAGCGGUGGGCAGCCGUCACUGAAGAGGAAAUUAGGAGCUUCAGAGAGUCGUCAAGGAUGCUUUAACUCAUACAGCAGAGGCCCAAAGCAAUCAGAUGAUGAGGAGAAUGAAGGAGGAGGAGCAGGGCAGCUUGGAGGAGGAGCUUUCAAGAGUGCCAGAGAACAACUGAAUAUUAACAAUCAGAAGAAGUUUGGUAACCGUGGAAACCCCAGUUCCGGCCCAUCUUCGUCUGGGUAUGGCACCAAUAGGAAAGUCUUAGGAGUAACAAGGAGAGGGCCAAACAGCAAGUUUGUGCCUCCCGUACUCAAUAAAGAAGAAGCUGAUAAUAAUAUUGGUGGGUAUAAAGCUCCAUCUAGAAGUGGUGGUCAUCAGCCUAGCAACAUGAGUAAUAACAACAACCUUCAAGAACCAGCAGAUGAGAGACUCAAGAAUAUUGAUCCAAAGAUGGUGGAAUUAGUCAUGAGCGAGAUUAUGGAUCAUGGACCACCGAUUCAUUGGGAUGACAUCGCUGGUUUGGAGUUUGCAAAGAGUACCAUCAAAGAAAUUGUUGUUUGGCCCAUGCUUAGACCGGACAUCUUCACUGGUCUUCGAGGUCCUCCAAAAGGCCUCCUUCUCUUUGGCCCUCCUGGUACUGGAAAAACCCUUAUUGGAAAGUGUAUUGCGUGCCAGUCGGGAGCAACAUUCUUCAGUAUAAGUGCAUCAUCUCUUACAUCAAAAUGGGUUGGUGAAGGUGAAAAGAUGGUAAGGGCUCUGUUUGCCGUUGCUAGGUGUUACCAGCCUGCCGUCAUCUUCAUAGAUGAGAUUGAUUCCUUACUCUCACAACGAUCCAAUGAUGAACAUGAGUCUUCCAGACGAAUCAAGACUGAAUUCUUAGUGCAACUGGAUGGAGCAACAACCAGCUCAGAUGAACGGCUCCUGAUCGUUGGUGCUACAAACCGCCCUCAGGAGAUUGAUGAAGCUGCCCGUAGACGUCUUGUAAAACGUCUCUACAUCCCUUUACCAGACUCUAACGCUAGGAAGCAGAUCGUCUGUAGUCUCCUUUCCCAGCAGAGCAAUUCACUAAAUGACGAUGACUUGGAAAGGAUUUGUCAGAAUACAGAAGGUUAUUCUGGUGCUGACAUGGCCAACCUCUGCAGAGAAGCAGCAUUAGGGCCUAUACGAUCCAUACAGGGAAUGGAUAUACAACACAUCAGUGCAGACCAGGUGAGACCAAUCCUGCAUGGGGAUUUCCAGGAUGCUAUUCAAAAUGUGAGACCUAGUGUAGCUCAGUCAGACCUGGACAGCUAUCUAGAAUGGAAUGCUAAGUUUGGUUGUGGAAGUGCAAAAUGAGCUACCCGACUUGCAACUAGCGUGAAAAGAUGGAUUGCUAUUCAUAAUGUGAAGAUCAGUCAUCGGGUUUGGAUAGCUAUCUAUAAUGGAAUGCUAAGUUUGUUUGCAGGAGAGCAAAAUGAGCUUCCUGACCUUCUUUGGUAAGAUGGGAUGUAAGUCAGAAUAUUGCUCAAUCAGAUUGGAACACAAAGAUUGGUUGCAGGAGUGCAAAAUGAAUAAACAAGUCGUGAUGAAAUUGUUUUGCAAGUCCUUAUCAGUUUGUAAGCGAAAGCAGAGAUCUGUGAGUCUUGAUUCAGUUCACUUUUCGCCUCCCAAGCACAGGUGACGCCAAACAAAUAAUGACUCUGGCUUCAAGGAAAUGUGCUGAGUUUCUUGCAUAUAUCCAAAUUGAAAAGGCUGGGCUCAGAUGGAGCAGCAAUCGAUUUGAUAUCUGAAAGUGAAAUAUUUUGAAAAAAAUCACACUUUUUGUCUCACCUGCG